UCCACCGCCAUUCGGGGAAAAGGCAGUCAAUGCUGCCUGUGCUGUCGAUCGUGGUUCCCUGCUAUUCCUUUGCGCUUCUAACUGGUGACUUUCAGUCUUGUUCAUUGCAGAUCGUCCCAAGUCUCGAAUGGGAGAUGUCGCACGCUAUUGUUGGCUAGUUUGGUUCCGGGUUUCCAGCUUGAACCCAUCGCUAGCCGGACUAACUAGUUAGGCUGCUGCUUACUCUUAGAGCCAAGGGCACCUGGCUAUUUUUUUUUUCCCUAUUCGCUUGCCUUGCAUCCUCUUCUUAACACUAACUUGCAUAUCUGCCUGGUAUAUUCAACUUCUUCCUAAGUACAUGCUUCAUCAUGCCGAGGGCAAGCACGGCCCCCGGUGCUCGCCUGCGGUGCAGGAGAGCUUGCGAUAGUUGCAAGCGGCGGAAGCAGAAAUGCAAUGGAGAACAGCCAUGUACGAUCUGCGUUCAACGUCGCAAAGAAUCCGAAUGCCACUUCUCCGACAAACCCGCCCGCUUGCUCAAGCCGAACAAUAAUCCGAAAGAAACCAUGCUACUCAGCGAACGCCUCGUCCCAACCCCGCAGCGGCAGACGGCCAUGGACCGACUGCUAAACUCACUCGAAGACCACACUGCGACAUUGGAACAACAAGCGACUGAUGACAAGGAUGGUACAGCACCGGUGCCCAAAGUGGCCAGGCUUCUGCGCGACGGACAGGGGAAAUUUAUGUAUAUUGGUGAUUCUGCAAGCUUGUCCUUCCUACAAAGUGUCCGUCGGAUCGUCUCCUCGUCAAUCGGCCGCUGUGAGUUCACAGAAGAUAAUUCGCGGCACUCAAUGCUGGAGGCUUUUCAAAACAGCGCUUCAACACAUACGGGGCCCUUGAUCGCACCUCCCAGCAACGAGGAGGCUCAGCGGUUGGCGCGUCAAUAUGUGCUUGCUACCAGCCCGCUCCUGGAGCUGUUCGAUCUCAACGAGUUUCACCCACGUCUUGCCAAUUGGGUGGGUAACCCUACUGGUGAUGAGGACACAGUCAGCUCGAUUUUUUAUCUAGUCCUCGCGAUUGGCGCUCAGGUAUCAGACACCAACCAGACUCUAGCGGAGCAAUACUUUGUUAGUGGACGCCAAUUAGCGUUCUCGGCGUUCACGGAGACCCCCAGUAUCUACACUAUUCAGUCAUACGUACUGAUCUCCAUGUACAUGUUAGGUGCGUGUCGGCGCAACGGCGCCUUCAUGAACCUUGGCAUCGCGCUUCGGGCGGCGUAUGCCGUCGGGAUCCAUCGGAAAGACGCCAAUGCGUUGUUCUGUAGCCGCGAGCGACGGGCCCGCGAACGCGUGUGGAAGAGUCUGCGCAUGAUGGACCUCUACCUCAGUGCUUCUUUAGGACGACCACCCGCUACCUUGGACUUCGAUUACGACCUUCGCGAGGACAGUCUUCCUCCGGCGGAUCAACAGCGUCUCGAACCCGAAGAACAGUUGUCGAUGACGGUGGUUUCAUUGUGCCGAAUCUUUGAACGAAUUUUGACCGAGGUCUACAUGCGGCAGGUGGUGUCCAUCACUGUAGCUGACGCCAUAUCGAAUCAGCACCGGGCUUGGGUCCGUAACGUGCCUAUGUUCAUGCAGAUGCAGACAGAACGACUAGAUUCGAGAAAUCUAGAAGGCACUCUGGCCGCAGCACAUGUCUUUGGAUCAUACUACUGGUCGAUAAUUCUUCUAACGCGCCCGUUCCUUAUCUUCCGAGUUUCGCAGUACGUACGAAGUAAAUUGGAAUCGACCAGCUCCGACUCCAGAAGCACCAAUUCUCGGAUUGCACUUUUCGCCGAUGCAUGCGUCUACUCCGCCUUACGAGGUCUCAACAUUGUAGACGACCUUUCUCGGUUUAGCAAUCUUCCACGCAGAUUACCUUUCUUGAUCAACUCUGUGUUCAACUCAGCCGUGGUGCUAGGCGCAGCAUUCUUUGCGGACUAUGACAACCUCCUCCCACUGGAGGAAGGCAUGGAGAAGGCCGAAAGGUUUCUAGGCUUGUUCGUACCGCAUGAUCCUCACGCAUGCCGCUUCUUCCAGAUCAUCAAGUACCUCCGUGCUGCAGUGGCCGAGUAUGUCCGGCGACGAAAUCGCCAAUGGAUGCAACACCGUAGUCGUCAGGUCGACCAGCUCUUCGGCCAAGUCGGCACCUCGGAUGAACCCACGGCUGUAACAGAUGCUAAUACUCCAUCAAGCCGACGCGGUGAUCCAGCUGCCGUUCUCUCACCACUGUCUCCCGAGAAGGUUGCUGCGGGACCAACUCUACCUCACGCACCCGACAUGGCUGCCACUGCCACCACGAUCCCAGGUCAGCCAGAUAACGACCUCUGGGAGUCCCUGUACGGCACCCAGGGGGCAACCAAUCUUCCAUACGAUACAGCGAUUUCCACGCUCACGACAAUGGGUAUCCCUAUUGGGUGUUCCCCAGGAGGAACAAUCCCACCUGGCGCUUUACCUUCAGAGGUACCGGGCGGUCAUACGCCGCUGUCCGAUGUAAUUUUGCCUGACAAUGGUCUUCUGUAUAUGGCUGAGGAUCUUCCUGUUUUUGGUUUGUGGGAAGAUGCCUAGCGAAGCAUUUCGCGAACUGCAAGUAGCCUUCUCUCUGGAGUGCACUCUUAGUGCGUACCAUACGGCUAUAUUUUGGAGGUUGCAUUCCCCUUGGAUGCCCACGGAGCGACUUAUUUUACGACACAUUCAUGCACAUAGUACAUUCUCCUCAUAUUCUUGGCUUGCAGUUUUGAGCCUGGUGUUCAUACGACAAGCCUGGGGUUGGUUGGUUCCUUGUAUAUUCCACAUCUCCUUGUUUCAGUUUGUACAUACAUACCCUGGCGCAAGCAGCGAACUUGCGUUUCUUUUUCUUGAACUAUCUUUUCAUAUUCGAACAAU